CACCUUCUGCCGCUAACUGCUCCACCAUUGAUCAUCUACAUCAAGAUCAAUCUUAGUCUUGUGCUUUUUGGCUUUUGCAAUUACUUUAAUUCCAUCUCGUGACUCAGGAAUCACUGCAGUCAAAGAAAAAAGCGAUAUUAGACCAUCAUGAGUCAAGAUUUGCCUGCCGCACGACCUGGUGGGCGCGAGGACAUCAUCACGGGACGAAACGGAAAUUGCCAGAAAUUUCAGGAAGCCAUUCGGGCGAUGCCAAAAGUUGAGUUGCACGCGCAUCUGAGCGGUUCCGUGUCGCAAACCAAGUUGCAGGAAAUGCUGGCGAAAAGGGUGGAAAAGGAAAAUUUGGAUGCGAGGACUCGGGGAGGUGAAAGAACGCCGGAUGGGGAAAUCGACACGCUGUCCCAGAAGCGGCCAACUCGCGGCGCUUCUACAACAACGUCAACGUUCGAAAAGUUCGACGUUCGAAGCAUUAUUUUUGGCGGAAAUAAAACUACGUCGCCCGAUGCUGCUCCUGUUUCAACAUCUGCACCAAAGUCUUCAGAGGCUGCAUCUUCUGCUUCAUCACGAGAGCAGCUUCUGUACAAUGAGGCGAUGAAAAAGUGCUUCUCCUACUUCGACCUGGUCGCGCAAGUCAUCACGGACCUGGAUGCCUAUCAAAUGUAAAAAUGUCUGGGUCUGGAAGAGUCAUGCUGUUUCUGCAUGACACAGAAGGUCUGGCAUGGAAGCUCUAGCAUCACAGGCUUCGAGAAGCUUCCGCAAUGCCGAAUCCGCAUGACAAAUCCCCCAUUUUGGUGACAGAAAGUGAGCAGCUUUUGCUGCCUACGCAUCAGAGAUUUUUGUGUGUUCUGAAAUGCGCAUCACAAGUUACAUCCUUCCAGACCCAGACAUUUUUACACUUGAUAACGCCUUGCGCGAGGCAACGACGCAUGUGUUCGAAGAGUUCGCGGACGAGGGUAUCCUGAGUAAAAACGUCCCCAUACCAGAGCCAGGAUGGAAAAUCUGCUAGACAGAUCAGCCAACUUUGGUUGUUUCGCCUGACACGUUUGUCCUGGCAGUGUGGUCCUGUUUAGCUAGUUCAGCAGCAUCACAGAUCUAGCACACCAUGCUACUUCUAGCAUCGCAAAACCCAAAACACGACUAGAAAAAGCUUCUCAUGUGGCAUCACAUGAGACACUUUUUUGUCAUGCAGAUUUCCAUGACAACUCUGGGGUGGGGAUGUUUUUACUCAGAAUAGAGGGCUGCGUGUAUUUGGAAAUGCGGACCACCCCGAAAAAGUUCACGCAGCCGGCAGGUCAUCAAAAACCGCACACCGGCCCGGCAGGUAGUGCUAGUUGCAGCAGGAACAUGACGAUUAAAUCCUCAACGUCCUCUUCUAUAAUUCCAACAACCUCGGAAGAGGAUUACAUUUGUGUUGUUAAGGAGUGCGCAGACGAGAUUUUCCGGAAGAAAAACCUAGUCGUGAAACUACUGCUGUCCAUCAAUCGGGGCACGAUCCGCUCGAAACAGGACGCGGAGGACCAGGUCGCGAUGGUGUCUCGCCUCCUGGAUAGAUUUUUUUACGACCAAGAUGGGAGCUCGGAGGGUCGUCAAGAUCAUGUACAAGCAGGUCAAGAACAUGAUGAUCGCGAUCUCCAUGCCGUGUCCGGCCCCUUCGUUGUCGGUCUGGACGUUAGCGGCAAUCCGGCGACGGACUCGGUGGUGCCGUUUCUGUUACCCGUUUUGGUCGAAAAGUACCGCGAGCUGGAGAAAAUGGGGAAACCAAAACCGCCAAUCGCCUGGCAUCUCGGCGAACGGGAGGAUCAUUGCGUUAUUUUGCCGCCCGGGGGACCGAGGACCGCCACGAUGAACAAGAACAGAAAAAUGGGCGAAGGUGGUGGUAAGCACGGCAAAAGCAGCAGUCCACCGCGACGGACAGAAACUCCCGUCGUGGAGGCGAGCACCUCUGAUGUGUCUGCAGCUGUUGCAGUACCAGGACAUGGACAUCUGAGCACCACUACCACUACGACUACAAGUAGGACAACUAAUGUAUUGACAGGGACAGGGGUCGUCCACGACGGUGGCGAUCAUGAUGUUCCCGAACACGACCAGGAGCCGCCUGAGAGGAAGCGGCGGAAAGAAGUUCUGGUGUCUUCACGGUCCUCAGGCCGCUGCGCAGAAGUAGUAGUAGAUGAACUUCAACUUCUUUCUUCAUCCUCCACCCCCGCGGCGGAAGUAGAAGUAGAUAAAGUUCUGGACCACGUCGACGUGCUAAACAUUCGUCGGCUCGGACACGUGUGCUUUCUCACCGCCGAGCAGCGCCGCCGGGUGUUUGCCAUCGCGGACAGGAGGACAGCAAAUGAGCUGCCGUUUUGCGUGGAGCUCUGCCCGACCAGCAACGCGGUCACAAAGUGUCUGAGGAAUCUAGCCGACCACCACUUCCCACUCUGGUACGCCGGGUCGUCGUGCAAGAGAAAAAUAAACGGCGGCGAGGGCGGAGCCAUGUCAACAUCGUCCUCUGGCGAAGUAGCAGCUCUCCCUGACAAGAACGCGCCGUCGGACGAGGUGGCUUCGGCCUCAGCACCUCCUUCGCAGCUGAGAGUCGCCCUCUGCACCGAUGACACGGGGCUGUUCUGCUGUACCAUCAGCUCCGAGCUAGAGGAUAUGGCCGUCGCGUUCCGCUUGUCUCUGGCCGAGCUGCGGCAGCUCCAACUCGAUGCCAUAGACGCGAGCUUUCUGGUCAGAGGUGGGCCUCCACCAGGCAAUCACGCCAAAGGCGGGUGUCGCGAAGCGACUUCAGUCAUAGCGGGCGGCGCAUCGGCUACAACCCCGGUAUCUGCAGGAGAGACCUCGCGCCAACUCACUUGGAGCGGCUUCUUCUGCGGUAGCUGCCACAAAGACAAUUCCAAACAUCGGGGGGAAUCUGUUGCUUAAAAACAAAAUACGGACACAGACACUGACGCUGAACCUAUGAUCAUCGAAGUGAGUGCAUCUCAAGUAAGAUGAUGAAAUAGAAGAUCG